AUGCUACGCCUUGCAUACCGCUCGCGUAUCGCUCACCUCGUAAAGUCAGGUAUGAUCGACAACGCUGUUCAGGUGUUCGAUGAAAUGCGCCACUCAAGCUACCGAGUUUUCUCUUCCGAUUACAACCGCUUCAUCGGGGUUCUGGUCAAAGAGUCGAGAUUUGAGCUUGCUGAGGCAAUAUAUCGGGAUAUGACUCCAAUGGGUUUCUCCCUCAUCCCCUUCACUUACUCGAGGUUUAUCUCGGGUUUAUGUAAAGUUAAAAAAUUUGAUCUCAUCGACGCUCUUCUGAGGGACAUGGAAACCCUCGGAUACAUACCAGAUAUCUGGGCGUUCAACAUUUACUUGGAUCUGUUGUGUCGAGAGAGAGAGGUUGGUUUUGCUGUUCAAACGUUCUUUUGUAUGGUUCGGAGAGGUAGAAAACCAGAUGUUGUAUCUUAUACUAUACUAAUUAAUGGGUUGCUUAGAGCUGGUAAGGUCACUGACGCUGUUGAGAUUUGGAGUGAGAUGAUUCGUAGUGGGAUUCAUCCGGAUAAUAAAGCAUGUGCAGCACUUGUUGUUGGGUUAUGUCACGCUCGGAAAGUUGAUUUGGCUUAUGAGAUGGUGGCUGAAGAGAUCAAGAGUGCAAGAGUCAAGCUUAGUACAGUGGUUUAUAAUGCGUUGAUUAGCGGGUUUUGUAGAGCGGGUAGAAUAGAGAAGGCAGAAGCUUUGAAAUCAUUUAUGAGUAAGAGUGGGUGUAGCCCGGAUCUUGUUACAUACAAUGUGUUGUUGAAUUAUUACUACGAUAACAAUAUGCUGAAGAAAGCGGAAGGGGUGAUGAGCGAGAUGGUCAGAAGUGGGAUACAGCCUGAUGCUUAUAGUUAUAACCAGUUGCUUAAGCGACAUUGCAAGGUUGGGCACCCUGAUAAAUGCUAUUCGUUCAUGGUAAAGGAGAUGGAGCCUAGAGGUUUCUGCGAUGUUGUCUCCUACAGUACUCUGAUUGAAACAUUUUGUAGGGCGUCAGAUACUAGGAAGGCUUACAAGCUCUUUGAGGAAAUGAGACAGAAGGGGAUAGUAACGAAUGUGGUCAUGUUCACGAGUCUUAUCAAGGCUUUUCUUAGGGAAGGUAACUCUAGUGUUGCAAAAAAGCUUCUCGAUCAGAUGACAGAGUUAGGUCUGUCACCAGAUCGCAUAUUCUACACAACAAUUCUGGACCAUUUGUGUAAAUCCGGAAAUCUCGACAAGGCUUAUGGUGUUUUCAAUGACAUGAUAGAGCACGGAAUUACACCGGACGCGGUUUCAUACAACGCCCUUAUAAGUGGCCUCUGCAGGUCAUGUAGAGUAGCUGAAGCAAUGAAGUUGUUUGAGGACAUGCAGAGUAAAGAGUGUUGUCCUGAUGAGUUGACUUUCAAGUUCAUUAUUGGAGGACUCAUACGGGAAAAUAAACUAUCAGCAGCCUACAAGGUUUGGGAUCAGAUGAUGGAUAAAGGAUUCACCCUUGAUAGAGAUGUGUCUGAUACACUCAUCAAGGCUAGCUGUUCAAUGAGUGCUGAUGCAACUAAGCCUGUUAUAAGCACGGAACAGGAAGAGGAAGGAUGCGUAAACAUACUAAAACAGACAGGCGAUUGAUCUUUUUACCGUAAUCGGGAAUCUUUUUCCUCGCAGGAUCAACAUCCCGGUGGUCCCUCUAGCUCAUGGUCCCCUCCGCACCACCACCAGAUCCCCCAGACUCACUCAGUUGCUCCACCUGGGCCGAAAAUAAAGACUCGAGGACGCAACCAGACCGGGCCACCUGAACAAAUCCAUGAACCGCCUUCCUCAAGACCCAUGCCACUGAGGCCAGAAGAACCGUUACCACCACGCCAUAAUCCAAAAUCCGCCAGGCCAUUGCUAUUGAGCCCUGAAGAUCAACAACGACCUCCACACCAUGGUGGCUAUGGAUCUGAAUCAACUCCAUGGAGGACCGCUCCAACACGACCAGCGUAUCAGCCAGGUCCAAAGAGGACCAAACCCAUGAAACUGUCGGCUACAGUCUGCUGUGCGAUUCUCUUUAUCAUCCUGAUUCUCUCCGGCCUCAUCCUCCUCCUCGUCUACAUCAGCAACCGUCCAAGCUCACCAUACUUUGACAUCUCAGCAGCAAACCUAAACACGGCGAAUCUCGAGAUGGGUUACGUUCUAAACGGAGAUCUCACCGUUGUGGUAAACUUCACAAACCCAAGCAAGAAAAGGAGUGUCGACUUCAGCUACGUGAUGUUCGAGCUCUACUUCUACAACACACUCAUAGCAACCGAGCGCAUUGAGCCGUUUAUUGUUCCAAAGGGAAUGUCGAUGUUCACGAGCUUCCAUCUCGUGAGCAGUCAGGUACCGAUUCAGAUGAUUCAGAGUCAGGAGUUGCAGCUUCAGCUCGGCACUGGUCCUGUGUUGUUGAACCUGAGAGGAACGUUUCACGCUCGCUCGAACCUCGGGUCGUUAAUGAGAUACUCUUAUUGGUUGCACACGCGUUGCAGCAUCUCGUUGAAUAGCCCUCCUUCGGGGUCAAUGCGAGCAAGGCGAUGCAGUACGAAACGCUAGCGAUUUGCAGCGUUCUCUGCGACUGAUUAUAUUACUUUAUUUUUUUGAUGCAUUUGAUGAUUAUAUAGGCCAAUAGAUUUGAUAAAUUUGUAAUUUUUGUUGUUGUAUGUUCUCAUAUUUUUCUGCUACACUUAGAAAUAAACGAAAUGGCAGGAUAUGCAUUUGAUUUUGUACUUUGAAUAAUAGGAUUGAUCCAAAAUUGUAUUUAAUUUGAUAAUAUAUCACUCACUUUGCAUUUAAA